UUUCCAGAGGCUCGAGCCAAACCGAAGUUCCAAUAAAUACACUGUUUUAAAUGAGCUUCUUUAACAGCAGAUCGCCGCCUAAGGAACAAAUGUUAUCGAUCUUUCUAGCAUUGUUUACAUUGUCCAAAAUGUAAUUCCGAAAGGCAUGGUUACUAGAGCCAAAGAGCAGAGCAAGUCUGGACAAUAACUGAAUCAACGUGGAGAGAGAUUUACGGAAGACACUGGCAUUAAAGUAACAGCCCUCAAGCAUGCCAGCCCACCACAAGCUGAAGAUAUUCAUUAUGCUACUGACAUUGGUCACCUACACAGUCAUGAUAGUGAUGAAUGCAGGAGCUGGUUCAGGAGCAUUCAAAGGUGUAUUUCGUACCACUGUUGGCAAUAUCUCUCGCCACCAUGACACUGAACUCACACCUGCAACCUGGACCUUCUUCAUUUGGAACAUAAUCUUUCUGUGGCAAUAUAGCUGGCUGGGUUAUGCAGUAUCAGGACUCUGCAGAAGGAACGAACUUCGCUGGAUCUACAUGUGGCCAGAUUUACUGCCACUCUCCUUUUACCUGAUAUGGAUGCUGAACAAUGCUUUAAAUGUUGGAUGGCUAUUUCUGUGGGAUUCACUGCAUUUCGUUCCAGCCCUGCUUGUCCUGGCACUUCUUACUCUCACCAAUUACGCUGCUCUCUUUGUUUCACACCGGGCUUUUUACCCUCAUGCAGCUUGGUUACAUAAGCAUCGGAAAGCAGACCUCUGGCUCAUCCGGAUUUUGGUGCAAAAUGGAAUUGCCGUUUAUGCCACUUGGACCACAAUAGCCACCCUCCUGAACUUCACGGUUGUCUUGAUCUACAUUGGGAAUGUGUCUGAUAGGACCGCAACUAUAACCUCUUUAUGCAUCCUUUUCUUUGAGCUGAUUAUAUGGUUUUAUCUGGAGAACUUCUUACUUGAUAAGUAUGUACGUUAUACCCUCACUAUCUACCCAGUGGUCAUUGUAGCAUUAAGUGGCACCUUACAGAAGAGCAAUAUUACAUUCUCUCCAAAUCCUAGCAGCAUAAUUACAGCUGUGCUGCUGGUAGUGGUGUGUGUCACAUUUGGUAUUCGGCUGGUCCUUGUCAUUUGGAAACAUGACAAAGACAAUUUGGAUGAACCACUUGCUCCAAUUACAACACCAUGAAUUGGUCUAUUACCUGGAUGGAGUCCCUAAAGGGAAGGCAAAAAGACUUAUUCGAGUGUCCAAGACUUUCAGCAGUGCACAGGUGUGCAACUAUCACUUGUGCCUUUUAAUACUGAGGAUGGACAAAUCUGUCAGUUUUGGUUUCUCUCAGUUCCUCAUUUUUCCAAACUUAAGUUUGGCUUGUCCCAUUUCCAUAUCAGUCUGAGAACUUUAAAAAAUACUUUGCACAAAAAUGUAGAUGCAUUUUUGUGCGAAUUUCACCUAAUAGACUCAUUUUAUAUGCAAUUUUGCUAAAUGCCUGCAUUUUGCAAGACAUUUUCCAUAAUAUGCAUUUUUGAACUUAUUCACAGUAAUAUAUGCAUUUUCUGCACACUUUCCUGGUAUAUAUGCAUUUUGUACACUUUUUUAUUGGAGAACUCCCAUGCAAAAUUCAAAGAAGUGCAAAUUUUGAAGGAUAACUGAAUUUUGGUGCACGUAUAGAUUUAAAAGUUCUUAGUUAAAUAAGUUUUCACUAAAAUGCAAAUCAAACAAAAUCCCCUCUUUUACCUAGCCUCACUCAACAGAGAAGUAAAAUAAGUGUCCUACGCACAGAACUUUUUGGAACAUCAAGUGACAGCUACUACAUAUAUCUACCAUUUGUAGGUCAUGUUUAUCACCUGCACAGUUAUCUUCUGGAAAAGUUCUGGGGAAAAGUAUGGCAAGGCCAGAAAUGCCCUAUGCAAAAUCACUUUAAAAGUGCAGGGUGCAUAAGGAUAAAGAUGAGUAUCCAAAACCAAUGAAAUAGAGGAACCUCAAGGGUAUUUUGCCCCCCCCCCACCCCAUAACACAUUUUAAUCUGGGGUCCCAUUAUUGGCUUAGUGCCCCCUCAUAAUAAAUGGGCACUGUCAUCAAAGGUAUAUCUUUUUAAAUUUGUGCUAAAAUUCUUAAAUAGCAAUUCUGUAGCUCUUCAUAUACUAUGGUAUUUACAUAGAGAGCUUAGACUCUUCUAAUUAAAUAUCUUGAUCCUGGGCUCGUUUAUGCCAGGGGGGGAAAGUGAUCCAUUGAUUUAAGUGAAAUGGUGCCAAAACUCAGAGGCAUUUCUGAUGCUGCUUCUGCUCAGAUGUAAAGCUGGGACACACGAGUAGCACAGAAGCUCCUGGGAACAUUGCCAGACUUGUGCCUCACCCAUUAUAAAGGGCUGGAGAGGAAGGGUGGGGGAAGGAAAGCCCAAAUGCAGUCCUAUUAUCUCAGUGGGAACGAGGCCUCAGAUCAACAGGGUGCUAGGCAGGCCUGUGGGGCCUUACCAUCCAUCCACAUGAAACAAAAGCAUAGCCUAAAAUACAUCACAAAGCCUACUGAUGUAAAAUCUAGAAUGUCCAUUUUCCCCUGACACGCAAACACGCACCCUGACAUGCAAACACGCACCCUAUCACGCAGACAUGCAUCCUGACAUGCAGACACGCAUCCUGACACGCAAACAUGCAAAUACGCAUCCUGACACGAAGACACGCAUCCUGACAUUCAGACAUGCGUGUACACUCGCACCCGCACACGUGUACGCACAAGCACACACUCGCAUACACACCUGCACCCCCCCACCCUCAGGACAUUCUGCUGAGAGCUACGUCCAUUCCCCUUGACAUUUUCCCCUUCGCAAGCCCCGCUUCCCUUCCAGGAACACGCAUGGGGACACCUAGAAAAGGUAAAGAGGCGCACAAGUCAGGAAGGGGGGAGUGGCCAGAUGCCCCAGUAAGAACUCCAUUUACCCCCAUGCAAGCAGCACGUAAGCACACAUCAAAUCCCUUAGCCUUGUCAGCUUCAAGGGACACUGAUUAAGUUAAUCCUGCCGAAUCCACUUCACUGACUAACUGCCCAGACAUUGCUUAGGUGCACUUUAACACCCUAGGUCAGUUUCAAAUGACACUGAAUAGCCAAACCCAGCCACGUCCUUAGGACUGACCCCUAGCCACAUCACCAAUAGGGGAAGGGCUACAGGUGCAAAGCACACCUGGGAGAGCACAUGGCGAUGGCGGCCGAGUAAUCUCAGCUGCAAUUCUCCAACUGACCACUGCAUGGAAGUAUAUAAGCUAUUGUCUUGCCUCAGCUCCGUGUGACCCUGCCUUUGCUGCGUGAGCGCCAGGUCAUCACCUAUUCUCAAGAAUAAAUGUUUGGUGCCCAACGCCUUGUCUGUGAUCUUUCGCGAGUGUUUCGAUGUUGGACUUUGGUUCACUUGGAUUUGGCAUAAUUUAUGCAACACGAAGAGUCAGAAGCGACUGAACGAAUA